GAGUACUAAGAAUAUUUUGAUAGGUACUUCAAAAUCGAAAUUUGGAAGAGUAUCUAGCUUUGUUGUUUUUAGCUUAGUUGUAGCUUAAACGUUUAACUUUUAUAAGUAGGUAUUUAAAAUUUAGCGAACGUAGUAAUAUACUAAUAUUUCCCGAAGUAUUGUCGUACUACUAUCACUAUCAUACAUCCUGUACCUAUAUACAUUUCGUAUUCGAUAUUUUUUUAACUUACGAAGUACCUAUUAUAGUAUCGUCGAUGAUAUUAUAUGAUAAAAUUAUCAUAAUAUUCAAACUUAAAUAGUUGUUUAUAAUGUUUAUAUUAUAGAGUGCUAAAUGCUAAUGUUCAUUUCCACAGCCGAUAUUUUAUUUAAUUUUAAUGCCAAAGACGAAUCGUUAUGGUAAAUGAAAAUGUGCUUGCUUCCAUUCCAUAGCCCAGCGACAGCUGACAUUUUAUUUGAUUUUAAUGUCAAAGACGAAUCGUUACAGUAAAGGAAAACGUGCUUGCCUCCAGUGUAACUUGUACUAUUAUGACAUGCAGCGCGACUGGUGGUCGAACGGUAGAACUAUACACGGCACGAUAUACCGCGGUGUCCGUGUCCGUGUCCGACGUCCGUCAUUUCCGAUGAUGCAAUGACGCGAGCUUUAUCGGGUGUGCGUAGCCGCAUGUAAAUUGUUUAUACUUAAUAGCGUGUUUUGUUAUCUUAAGUCGUUGAAUCCGUAAUUUGUAUCUUUCUUUUUUGUUUUCUCGUUAAUUAUUAUGCCCGCGGAACAUUAAUUAAUUGUCAACGAUGUCCGCACCGCAUACAAAUAAAGCCAUGGAUAGCGACCCAGCCGCGAUGGAUAUCAUAAAGUAUGUACCGAUUAAAACAUACUAUUUCAAAACGGAAGAGGACAUUUGUAUAUUAUUUAAGACUAAUAAGAUACAAUUUAAGUCAAGUGUUUAUGAAAUAAUUUCACAAAAUAUUAACAAAAUAUCAUUAGAUUGUGAUUGUAUUCAUUCAAAGGAUUGUGUUUUGAUUGAGGCUAAUGUCAAUAAAUUAAAUAUCAAUCAUGAAGCCGGCUUUUCCAUAACUAGAAAUAAUAAUCAAAUCACAGACGUAGUUUUUAAGAAUGUGAUAAAUGAAAUUUAUGAAUUUCUCAGUUCUUUCAUUGUAUUCUUAAAUAAAGAUGAUAGAAUUUUAAUAAUUGAUGGACUAGUUAUUGGAAAUAUGACAGAUUUUAGUUCCAAAGAUUUAAUUGCAGUUCAAUCACAUAUAAACACGCCCGUUAUCUUAUUAAAGUCAAGUUUAUUGCCUUUAGAAAAAACAAAUUUGUUACAAAAUAAAAAUCUAGCUAAAAUCAUUGGUCCGGGUAUUUAUUUAUUAUUUGGAGAUAUAAAAACUAUCAUAAAAUACACGGAUGAAGAAUUUAUGUUGCUAAGAAUACAGAGCUAUGAUAAAUGUUAUACUCGAGUUCGCAAGUAUCCUCAUAGUAUUCAUAACUUCAAUAAUAUUUCUGAAUAUGAAAUAAUGAAUGGUGUAAAAUCUGAUUUGUUUUCAUAUCAAGUCGAUAUUUUAAUAAAGAAACCAUGCAAAGAUUUUCUUUCAUUGAUAUUGAGCCAACAGGUUAUUUUAUAUAAUGUAAAAGUGGUUCAUUCCAAUAAAGCAGACACAUAUUCACUAUACGUUAAUGGAAAAUCAACAAAUUUAAAAGCCCUUAAAGUCAUUCCACGGCUUGAAGAAAUUCCAACGGCUCAAAAUAAUCCAGCAGAGCCAUCUUUUGAUGAUGAAGUAUCUAACUUACCACCAUGUCCUAAGUCUUUAAAAUUAAAGCCAAAUACAACUGACAAUCAUAUUAUCAAAACAGGUAAUUGUUCGUCUUGCAACAAAUUCAUAAAUAACAAUAAUGAAGCUCAAAAAAAUGAUAAUUAUCAGCAUAACAAAAUGAUAAAGCUAAAUCAUCCAACUCAUAACCAAGUCCAGCAAUAUGAUAAGAAAUUGUUUCCUCCUGCAUCUUCGCUUUGUAUUGAUGAGACAAAAGACAUAUAUAAAAAUAACUUGCCAAUAAAAAUGUCAGGUGUUUCUGGUAUGUCAUUUAGUUCAGAUAAUUCACAAAAUUCUUUGGAUUCUACUAAUGAAAACAAUCUAGAAGUUUUAAGUGUGAAUAAUUUUCGAUGUAUUGGUCCUUGUAAACCAAUAUGUAUUGAACCAUUUUUAAAUGAUGAUCAUAAUUAUAUCAACUUAAUAUCUGGUUAUUGUGCAAAAUGUAUUACCUUUACUCCAAUGUCUUUUCUGAAACCACGCAUAAACAAUAUAAACAAUGAAUACAAAUGUUUAACAUGUCGCAAUGUCUUGUUUCUGACAUUUUUUUUCAAAUUGAACUUUUUGUAUGGAGAAGAUUAUUCUAAAUCAAUUGGAUUACAAUGCUACAAAGAAAAAGCUGAAGACUUAAUCAAAGAACUAACGAAUGAAGAUAUUAAAGUAAAGGAUUAUCUAUCACAUUACAGUUAUAGGCAAACAGUUGUAAAUGCGAUAAAAAAAUUUAUACGUAAACAAGCUAACACUUUUAUAGUUUUUUAUGACUUACCUUCAGAUAAUGUUCAUAUUCUCAUUAGCAUAAAUAAAAUGAUUGAUUUGGAAAUUGAAACAACAUAAUAUUACACAAUUUUAAAUGUCUAAACAUAUCGAAGUUUUUAAAUAAGAUUAAUUCAGUAUUAAUUAUGUUAUGUUUAUUAACAUAUUUAUUUUAUUUUUUGUUGAUGUAUACAAAUACUAAACAAUUAUUAUACUAAUAAAAAUUGUAUGGUUUUUUUUUUCAGUUUUAUUUAUUGAUUAACGAUUGUAAAAUGCUCAUUAGAAACUAAGUACUUGUUAUUUUUAAAGAUAAUACUAAAUAAUGUUUAUUACUUGGUACCUGUAAAGUAUACAUACAUAGUUUAAUAUUUGUGAGUAUUUUUAUCAUUUAAAAAAUACAAAUAAAUACAGUCAAAGUCUCGGA